AUGAAGGUCCCCGCAGCCGCCCUGGCCACUCUGCUCCUCGUGGCGCUCUGCUCCCCAGCUGAGGCCCAUCUUGACACCGUCCCCAUCACCUGCUGCUUCACAUACCAGCACCGACCUGUCCCACGCAGACUCAUCACCUCUGCCUACACCUCCAGCAGCAGAUGCUCCCAGCCAGCAGUGAUCCUGGUCACCAAGAACGGGAGGGAGAUAUGCACGGACCCUCAGGACCCCUGGGUGAAGGCGCAUCUGAAGCACUUCCAGAUGCAGGAGCAGUGA